GCUCACAUAUUCAAUUAACAUUCUAGUGUAUAUCCAUCAAGUGGAUGUUCGACAAUUUCAAAAUGUUUUGCAUCCGUUCUAUCGGUCCAAAAGCGCUUCUCAGACAUCAACUCAGAGGGAUUCCCCCUCUGUUGUCGUCGUAUCCGACUUUGAGACCAGGUUUAUCAGCAGUUAAAUCAGCACGACCAUUCUCAACAACGACCCCAACUCAGAAUCAAGCAGGAUCGACCAGACAGAACCCAACAAUCCUCCUCCAAGAUAAAGAGAAUGGAUUUGGGUUUGCGCGGUCAAAUCCUCGUCCCAAAAAGCCGCGGAUGAAGGGUGUGACGGAAAUCAGGGGACCUUAUUAUAGUGUUAUGGGGAAACGAUAUCUGGCCGAUGUACUUGAGACCAUGGGAGCUCAUGUGGAUGGUCUCAAAUUCGCGGGAGGCUCAUUCUCCCUCUUUGAAGAGAAGGCAUUACGGGAAUUGAUCGAAUUAGCACAUGAGCAUAGUGUAUAUGUAUCAACUGGCGGAUGGGCAGAACACCUCCUCACUCACGCCGACAUCGAAUCCGUCUUUGACAAAUACCUCCUCAAAUGCAAGGAUCUUGGCUUCGACGUAAUCGAACUCUCAUCCGGCUUCCUCUCCAUCCCCGCCGACGACUGGCUCCGUCUAGUCGACAAAGUGCACUCGCACAACCUAAUCGCAAAACCCGAAUUAGGCAUCCAAUUCGGAGCCGGCGGUGACACAGGCGCCGGCGAACUAGAAGCAAUCGGUACCUCCGACCCCGGAAAACUCAUAACCCUAGGCCAGAAAUUCCUUGACGCUGGCGUCGAACGACUCAUGAUCGAAUCCGAGGGUAUAACCGAGAAUGUGAAAUCAUGGCGAACCGAUGUUGUGAGUAAGAUUAUGAAGGAGUUACCUGCUGAAAGAGUCAUGUUUGAGGCUGCGGAUCCCAAAGUUUAUAAUUGGUACGUGAGGGAGUUUGGGGUUGAUGUUAAUGUGUUUGUGGAUCAUUCGCAGAUUGUGCAGUUGGAGUGUUUGAGGAGGGGGAUUUGGGGGAUGGCGGAUACGUUUGGCAAGAUUGUUUCGUAUCGGCCUGGUGUUUGAAAAGGUACUUAACGGGUCAUACAUUGGUCGUUUGUAAGUUGAAUUAGGUAAUUGGGCUUGAUUGGACUGUUAUGAGGCCCAGCCUUGAAUAUGUCUAGAAGAAUGUGAUUGAGAGUAUAUCAUUGACGCCCCCUAAUUAAACCUUAUAUGCACCUAUGUAAGCAUAUCUGAAUAAUCCAUAUUAUGAAACCCAACGGUCAUGUCAUCAUGCAGCAUACAGACCAACCUUGACUCCAUACGCAUGAGACGCAGUCAAGGAGAACUUCAUCGCCGGCCUCGUAAUCUCUGGCUGCUCAUUAACAACAUGAUCAAAUCGUUGCAAGAGCCGCACAAGGACAUAGCUU